AUCAGAUUGUAUCCAAAUUGUUAUUUGAACCAAUCCCCUUUCGAUCAAGCGUCAGUAACAUGGCGCUGUGUGCUCACCAAUACUGGCUUCGCAUGUAUCAAGGGGAGAGCGGUGUCGGUUUGCAAUAUACAAAUCGACUUCACCAUAUUUCGACCUCGCUUCCAGACCCUACAAACCAACGCCCGUCUCUACUUUUCUUCUUCGGAAAGCAGUUCAAAACACGCGUAUUGAGAGCUCUGUAUCCCGGCAACGCCAUAUCAAAGUGUCGAAACUAUGGGAUUGCAAACAUCUGUCUCGAUCCAGCCACACAAAAUGACGAUCACCCAAUUCUCAUCGCAGAUAGCUGUCCUGAUUACCCCCAAGUCAAAUCGAGAGGCAGAAACACCUGCCAUGAGACAAUCGAUCAUCCGGUGGGCUGGAUAGAUGGGGCUGACCAGCAAAAGCAGCAAUAUUUGGCUGACCAUGCUCUGGCCAGACUAUUAUCGCUAUUCAUCGAUGUGCUGUGCAUAUUUGCCCAGGAUUGCGGCGGCCUUGACGGAGUGGUAGACAUGUUAACAGAGUGGACAGUAAUCGGCUCGGCUUCGAGCCUUCCUCGUGCUGUCCGUCCUCGAUUGGUCGUCGUCACGAGCGUACCUGGCCAUACUUUUGCAUCCGCCGCCCUUCAAUUCCGUCUGAGGGUUCUUUCCGAUGGCAAGUUCUCAGAGUUAUUCUCUUCUUUAAAUGUAGUCAACGUCUUGGCCUUAGGCAGAACCCCGUCGCGCGAGCAUUUCCAAGGGCUGGCACAGGCCCUACAGCACGAAACACAUCUGAUCCGUGCUGAGAAAGUCAACUCCCACACGCUUUUCUCCCUGAUUCACAUUGCCGAUUUCUUUGAUGCAGCACUACGCCAGUUCGCCGUAUCGCCACAAACCUUUGAUUUUAUACAAAGCUCAAGGGAAUUAUCUCCUGUUUCCCACAGCUUCCAGCAACACAUAAGCACUUUUAUGGGCUUAUGUUCCGAGCACAACAUUCCUGCAAGUAUGAUUUGGGACUUCAUCGCCUCGGUGGUCAUUUUUGACAGCUUCCCUCCUGACAUGCACAUGUUCAACCCAUCAGACGUUUUCCGAAACUUAUACCGUCAAUCUUGCGUCCUGGGUGUACAUGACUUCGCAAAAUCCCAGCAGUUGGAUGUCGACUUGGUCACUGCGGACGUCGAGGCCCAUAUAAUCUCCAUGUUCUCGCACAUGAAGUAUGGUGGACAGUCAGCCGCUGCAAUCCGACAGAGAAGCUUGGAGCGAAAUCUCCAACAGUGGUCAGUAUUAUCGCAUACCUCGAUCUGCCUCACGUGUCUACAGAGGAAUACGGAACACUGUCUGGAGUGUGGACAUGCGAUUUGCGACGACUGCCUUGUCGCCUUUGGUGAGCCGACGAAAGGGGUAGAGUGCCGAUAUGACCUCGUUAGCUGUCCUUUCUGUCAGAAGGAAGUUCAUUUCCAGGCCAGACUCUUGCCGCCCACUUGUCGGGUAAGAUUCCUUGGCAUUGAUGGAGGCGGUUCGAGAGGUAUUGUCUCUUUGGCAUUCAUGGAAGAGCUGGAAAAGACGCUUGACCUGCCAUAUCCACUGCAGGAGCACUUUGAUUAUGGCAUCGGGACGAGUUCAGGCGGCGUUGCAACCAUUGGGUUUUUUGCUAAGCACUGGACACCAAAACAAUGUCUCGCUUUCUUCCUCAAGUUUGCGAGGAUAAUUUUUCCGCCAAAGCGCGGUUGCAGGUUUUCAAUUUGUGCUAUAAUCAGACGUAUUUUUGCGUUCUAUCUUGCAAAUGGCGGGUACGACGCAGCCGUUUUAGAAGAGGCUCUCAAAGAAGCAUUAGGAUUAGGCCGGGUGUUUGAAUCAGCAAAAUCAAGGCCAGCCGGAAUGAAAUUUGCGGUUACGGCGACGACGAUAUCGGACGCCACGUUAUGCCUGAUCUCUAAUUAUAAUGGCAACGGUCCUCCUAGCAGAGAUUCAAGGUAUAAACACCUUCGUGCUCAAAAGACGACAGACGAGAUGCUACUCUGGGAAGCAGCGAGGUGUACAACCGCUGCCCCAACUUACUUUACGCCAAAGUAUCUCGAGUCAUUUGGUACGUUCCAAGACGGCGGGUUGAAAUAUAACAACCCUGUCCGGCCAGGCCUGCGUGAAGUUCGCCGAAUUUGGGGCGAUGUAGGUUGCGAUCUGGUGCUUUCGAUUGGGACGGGAUAUCAGCAAAAGCUCUUAUCGCCAGUGGCUUCGAACGUCCGAAACCUGCUACAGGACGGCGCCUUAGCUCGAGUCUAUCGAGCUUCUAUGCAGUCAUUAUCACUCAACGGCCAACUUAGCUGGGAAGAUCACUGGCAUGGCCUUGAUGAAGAAGAAAAAAAACGGCACUUCCGGCUCAAUUUGCCCCUUGUAGGCCAGGAACCUAGGAUUGACGAUGUCGACAAGAUGCAAUAUCUCCGUGAUCAGAUCUACCAUCACUUAGGUGAUAUGGAGGGUAUUGCUAGGGCAUUUAAAGCAGCGUCCUUUUUCUUUCAACUCAACGGGCCUCUGGUAUUCGAAGGUGGGCAGUACAUAUGCCACGGUUCGAUCCUAUCCCGGAGCCCGGACAGUCGUGCCCUCGUGCAGAGUCUCAGAACGAGCUACCCUUUUGCACAGUUCCUACAUCAGGAAUCUUCACUUGGCAUCCUAGCCCCGAACGAUCUCUGCGAAUUGUGUGGACGAUUCCAGAAGCUGAUCAAAUUCCACAUACGCCAUCCCUCGGAUCGAGUCAACAUCCAAUUUUCGUUUAGCAGAUUAUUCCGUCGGAGUAUCAGUGGGUGCCCGCAGCCAAUGGAAUGGUUCGUCAACCGGCAGAGAUUGAGAGCCAAAUUUGGUUCGCCUGACCAUAGGAGCAGAAAUGAGCGAGCUCAAAAUCCGACCUGUAAUUGUGAGCUCCUGCGUUAUCUUGACAGACCUGUCAAGCUUUCGGAAAAUAAGCGGCCCCUCGGCGUCCAAACGAGAACACAGAACAAGAGGCGGCGUUUACGAUGAAGGGAGGCCGAUGCAGCGAAUCUGAUCUUUAGAAGCUAGACACAAACCAAUCAAUUCUUUAUUACUUGAC